CUACCAGCUACCGCUACCAGGUGCCAGGCGGUACCGGUUUCGCUACCGUGACUCCGUGACUUGUGGUGAGGCCACCGGUACGGUAGCCCCAUUGAUUGAAUUACUGUGUGCUCCCAAACUCUGUCGAAUUACUGUGUGCACCCAAACCCUGUCGAUGCAGUAACGAGCUCCUUCGUUCUGAUGGCCAUCGUCCGAGAACCGCCUCGAACGGUUCAACCCUCAAAAAGGAAAGGCAAUGCAUGCAAGCAGACUUUACGCAGCGAACCCAGGCAGACAACCGGUCCCGACAUAGCUACACAGCUACUUGUGAGAAUGCAAGUCGUUCGGAUAGCAAGAUGAACGAGCUAUCAGAGAAACAGUUCAAAGCUCGGAUUGAGCUCACAAUACUCAAGUUGAAAAAACUACAACAAAAGCUAGAACUACAAGACAGAUUCGAACAAGACGAUAAAACAAGCCAUCAACCUUGACAGCAGCCCCCAACGAAAGCCCAAGGAUGUUUACCGAAGCAGCAAAAAUAAUUCAUCAUGUCUACGAUUUCUUGUCGCUAUUGCACCCCAUGACACCCCUACUCGACGGCGGCCAGCGGCCGGCAAUCCUUGGAAUUGCUUCCAGCGACUUUUGUUCCAAUACAAGCGGUGCAGCAAAUGUCCUCGAUACAGUGGUAGCUGGAGCUGGAGUUAUCCUUCUGGCGAUUGUUCUCUUCAAAAAACACGGUUUUGAACCACCUCUGCACCAUAUUUUCAUGUGUCUCGGACUUGCAGCGGGAACAGUGGGUCAUCUGCUUCGAGAUCAUCAUUGGUUAGCUUUGGGCGUGAAUGGGUAUCUGAUGGGUUCAUUCUUUAUCCUCUCGGGCGGCAACCUUCCCUUAUUUGUCUCACUGGUCGGUCCCGGUAUGCAAGUUCUCGGUCGCUUAAAGUUUGAUGAGUUGGAACAUGCCUGCUUCAUCUAUGCUUUUUCCGCCAUUGGUUUUGCCGUCACCAAGCGCCAACUAUUUCGAUGGGAUAUCCUGUGGAUGAUUGGAGCCUACGUAACGCUGCGACUGGAUAUUUAUAUCUGUUAUUGGAUGCCAUUUUCGAUGGGGGCGCAUUGGUUGUCGCACUUGUUUUUCAACUUUGGCAUCCCAAGUCUCGUCGAUUUGGCAGAUGAGAUGCAUGGCGGAAUCCAGAAGCUUUUGCUUUGA